UAAGGAUGUCUCCGGUGCAGCCUGGACCCGAGUAGAUCCAGUCGAACAAUUAGUGAUACCCGGUAGGUCGAUAGCCAGUAAGUACGUAGGUGAAUCAAAGAUGAUGGAUCAUCUCAUGGUAUCAUAUCUUCGUCAGGUCGCAUUCUUGCCUGUCUCCCCCUGUCAGGAGAACCUUUCAGGUGUCAAUGAAUACUCGUCUUAAUUCGUCUUGCUUCUUCUGCCAUUUGAUCAAUCAACUUGGGGGGAUGUAGAGGGUGUGGAUGUUGGUAGAUGGGCAAAGGUGGAUGGGAGAUGAUUGACUGGGCGAUGGCCGGGUGUGGAUCCCAACCUUGCCGGGACGAGAGUCUCUUGUUCCCUUCCUGCAUCAUCCAUCCAUCCAUCCAUCCACCCAUCCAUCCAUCCAUUCAACUCACCCCAAAUCCACCUUUCCCAUCGUUCUCCGCCACCCUAAUCCCCAUUCCCCUUAUCCUCCGUUCCCCUCAGUCCGGUUUCUAUAGCCUGAUAGUGCUCUCCGUGCCUGUCUGCUCAUCCCUCCUCCUCAUUCCUCCCCAUCUCGCCCCGGAUUGUUCUGUCCUGUCCUGUCCCUCGCUGAUUCAUCGCAAUGGACCAUCCCAUUGCCGUCUAUCGCUUGUGAUUCCCUUCCCGCUUCAGGCUUGGGUCGGGUUCACGUUUAACUGCUUGCUCCUACUUUUACUCUUGUAGCUACUACAUACACACCCUCCCCUACCCAGGUGCUCUGACCCUCCACGCCACGAUCUUCCAGAUCCAGACUGUCCUCCAUUCUUGGAUCAUUGACUGAACCUAAUCAUCCUGCCGGUAUCUCUCCAUUCCCCUCUCGCUGUUUGGUGCUUUGUCCCUCU